GCAGCACGCACCUGAUAUGAAACUGUCGUGUGCCCAGUACGGAAUUUUUUUUAUGAUUAUUUAAUUUUCAUCUAAUAAUAAAUUACAUCAUGACAGAAAAAGAAGAGGGGUGUGAGGAGUUCCAGCUGGAGAAGGAAUCAGAAUUGAGAUUUGAAGUGGAAUCUAAGUCCAUUGUUGCUCUAGAGUUGAUGAGCGGAAAGGCAGAAAUAUUUGGCUGCGAGCUAGCAUCUGGGCGGAAAUAUAUUUUCAAAGCGGGAUCCAAAGUUGCAGUAUUUACUUGGCACAGUUGUCAGAUAAAGUUGAGUGGUAAGACAGAGGUAGCAUACACAUCACAAGACACCCCAAAUGUUGUUUACCUGAACAUGCAUGUGGCCCUCGAGCAGAUGAGACAGAAGUCUGAGAAGGACCACACCAGGGGGCCAAGGAUUAUGGUGUGUGGGCCUACAGAUGUGGGCAAGAGUACCCUGUGUACAAUGUUACUUAACUAUGGUGUGCGCCUUGGCCGAGCUCCAAUGUUGGUGGAUCUAGAUGUUGGUCAGGGUCAGGUGUCUAUACCAUGCUCAAUGGGUGCAUUUACCAUUGAACGCCCCUCAGAUGUGGAAGAAGGUUUUGCUCAGAGUGCUCCUGUUGUUUUUCAUUUCGGCCAUACGAGUCCCAGCAAAAACUUAACGCUGUAUAAUCUCAUGGUCUCAAGAGUAGCGGAUGUUAUCAACAUGAAAUGUGAUACUUUUAAAAAAGUGAAUCAUAGCGGGGUGAUAAUCAACACAGGUGGAUGGGUGAAGGGCGCAGGAUAUGAGACCCUUAAACACACUGCAGGCUCCUUUGAAGUGGAUAUAAUAGCUGUUCUGGACCAGGAAAGAUUAUAUAAUGAAAUGAAACGAGAUAUGCCAGACUUUGUCCAAAUCAUUCUACUGCCCAAAUCUGGAGGGGUUGUUGAGAGAAGCAAUCAUCAGCGGACCGAGGCUCGGGAAAGUACUGUCAGGAACUAUUUCUAUGGGCCAAAAAACACACUCUUCCCUCAUACCUUCGAGGUCAAAUGUGCAGAUAUCAAAAUAUAUAAAAUUGGAGCACCCUCAUUGCCCGACUCUUGUUUACCCCUGGGAAUGAAGUCACAAGAUAACAGAACCAAGCUGGUCCCUCUCAUGCCUGGUACGGGUCUUUUACACCAUGUGUACAGUCUCAGCUCUGCAGAGUCCACUGAAGAUAAUGUGAUAGAGGCCAGUGUUAUAGGAUUUGUUGUCUUCACCGAAUAUAACCCAGACAAGAACAGUUUCACAGUGCUCUCCCCUGCCUCCCAUCCGUUACCCCGCAACAUCUUGCUGCAGACGGACAUGCAGUUUAUGGACAUACAGUGACCAAGAGAUCAAUGGUUUAAGCAGGAUACUGUGGCAACAGAGGCAUAGCAAUGAAUGUAGAAAGUGGCAUGGAAUACUCAUAGUUGAUGAAGAUCCAACAUGGCAAACAAUUUUUAAUUGCAGUUGGUGGACAUACUUGUAAAGAUAACAAAUGUUUACAAGACUUAAAACAUUCCUUGGAUACAGACUAUCAGCGCAGCUAUUCUUGACACUGUUGAUGAAAUUAUAUUAUUCGUUGCAGCAAACUAUGUACAUACAGUGAACCCAUUGAGAUGUUUAACUUAACACAGGAAAUGGCAACUUAACGUUUAAAGGUACUUGGGCCUAACAAAUGAUGCAGGAAAUUCAAAUCAGCUUCAAUUACUGCACACAAGAUACAGUUUAUUUGAUAGCUUGAUGAGGUUGAUAGCACUAACCUUGCAUUGAUUUUAUGUACUCAAGGAGAUAAGCUUAAGUGUUUAUACUGCCAAAGGUGAAUAUUUUAUUAAUAAUAUUGUAGCAUCUGUUUCAUUGUGUUUUCAUGUAGUUAAAAAAGCGCAAUCAUAAAAUAUUUUCUAAAUGAUAUUUUGUAUCGAAUAAGUCAUGUUUCGAACUUUACGAUGCGUAACUAUGUCCAAUAAAAACUCUUCUAUUCUCUUUCGGAGAUAGCGUAGCCAAUAACAAACGAGGUAAAUAAGACUUUUUGUAACAAAUAAAAAAAUAACAUUCUGUAAGCAAUACCGCUUGGCUCGAUAUUCUCGAGGCUCGAAGUAUUUUGGCCAGUUCCUAGAAUAUCGAGCCAUCGAGUUUCGACUGUAUUUUGUUUCAUUGAAAUACAUUGUAAUCAUACACUGAAACAGACAUUUUUCAUUUUAUUUUGUGCUUUAAACUCAUUAAAAACAACAAUAAAUUGAUAUUUAAUUGGUAAAUUGUGCCUGAUUUUGCCCCAAUACUGGAAAUAACUUUGGUUUUGAUUCUCAGCAUUAUGUGAUUUUACAAUUUGUUUAAGAUAAAUGGGCUAAAAAAGGAAGAACAGUGAAAAUAUAUUUUGUUUUAAAACUCAGUGUUUUAACCUGCAAGUUUUUCAGGUUAUAAUCAAGCAUUAUUGUUUUAAAUAAAUAACUGAAAAUCAUGAAGAUA